AUGGCAGAUUACUCGUCUGAUGAAGAGUCCAUAUUGGAGAAUACUUCUGAGGUGUUUUUGGGUUUCGUAGAUGUUCCCAUUGAGAAAGAUGAUCCACCAACGAUAGAAGAUACAUUCAUAGGCGGAGAGCCAAUUUGGCUCCAUCCAGAAUCAACUCCGUCUGAGUCCAUGGUUACUUGUGACAAUUGUAAUAAAAAAAUGGCACUUUUGCUCCAAGCUUUUGCGCCAGUAGACGGUCAGCUAUAUGAUAGAGUGCUUUAUUUGUUCGGGUGCAAAAGCACUGCUGUUUGUACGAAGAAAAAGGGCUCGAUAAAGUGUAUUCGAGGCAUCUUGAAAGAUCCCAUAAAGAUGAACCAAUUGAAACAAGAGCAAGAAGAAGCAGCCCGCAAGCAGCUAGACGAAAAGUUGCGGCUUGAAGACAAGAAAAAAAUGAAAAUCGAGUUGACAAAAGAUCUCUUUUCUUCUGGUAAAUCAGACAAUCCAUUUGGUAAUCCAUUUGGAGCGUCUGAAAACCCUUUUGCCGUUGAGAAAAAGAAGGCUCCCGAGCCCAGCAACAAGCAGGAACCAAAAGAAGUGCUGGACACCUCUCCCGGUGCUCAAAGUGCUAGUAUACCCGUUUCGUAUGCCGAGGCUGUUGGACCUGCAGAACAGCCUUCUGCUCCCAGAAAACUUGACGAGAAAUUACCCAGCUACCCUGGCUACUUUGUUUAUGUGGACCAGGAGAAGUUCAAAAAAGUGACACUCGAGCCAGAACUUGAAAAAUACAAAGAUAUUAUCGAACAGGCAGAACGAGAGUCUGGAGAGUCAAGUCUGGGACGCCGCAAUUCUACCAGUCUGGAACCACCUACCGAUCCCGAUAGCGCUCCAGUCACAAAUCGCCUCAACGACAAGUAUUUCGAGGCCUUUACCAACACUGUAAGUCACAAUCCUGGCCAGGUACUCAGAUAUAGUCUUGGUGGUCGGCCGUUGCUUUACUGUGGACUGGACGAAAUUGCACCCAAAUUUUCAUCCACAAUUACGGUCCCCAACCCCGGCUACAAUCCCUCGUCAACAAGGCGGUUCGAACUCCAGCUCAUGCCAAAAGCGAUUUACGAUUUGGAAACCGUUGGUCAAGAUACCGUCGCAGAUAUUCUCAACGGCAUGUCCUGGGGAACCAUCAUAGUGUGCACUGACGAAGAGGAUUACAUGCCUGAGUUUGACCGGAAUCACGUAGGCUAUGUAGAAGAGUGGGUGGGCGUUCAAUGGGAGUAA